AGAUAAUCAAUGUCCAACCCGCCGCAGCUCGCGCCCCAAGGUCCGGGCGGCGGCGCUUCCGCGGCUUCUAGCAGUACAUCCGCCGCAACAAAUCAAGCCCCCGCCGUCGCCGUGAUGGAGAUGAAGCCGCAUUCCGUUGAGGAUCUUGUACAUCAACUUACAAACCCUUCACUCCGAGAAGAAGCCCUCCUUAGACUUUCUAAGAUUAAAGAAGGCGUCCCGGAAUUGGGUCCAUUGAUAUGGAACUCUCCAGGUAUCAUAGCUGUACUCCUUCAGGAAAUCAUUUCAGUUUACCCGCAUUUGUCUUCGCCGGACCUGAUUCCCGCUAUGUCAAAUUGGGUUGCCAACGUUUUUACUCUUCUCCAGCGUGUAGCUACGCAUCCAGAUACUAAAAUUCCCUUCUUGAAAGCCAACAUUCCGUUUUAUCUCUACCCAUUCAUCAAUACGACGAACAAAUCCAAGAGUUUCGGGUUCAUAAGGGUUACUAGUCUCUGUGUCAUGGGCGAAUUGGUAAAAGGUAGCGACCCUGAUGUGAUUCGUCUGCUUCUAGAGACAGAGAUUUUACAGAUCUGUUUGCAUUCAAUUGAGAUUGGUGGGAAAUUAUCAAAGAAAAUUGCUACAUUUAUUUUACAUAGGAUUUUACAGGAGGAAUUUGGGCUGGAGUAUGUAUGUUCGACUGAAGAGCGGUUAAUCUCCAUCACCCGGGUUCUUGGGGAAAUGGUUACUACUAAACUAUGUGAAGAGUCUUCUCAUUAUAUCCUGAAGCUUAUUGUGCAGUGCUAUAUUCGAUUAUCGGAUCACCCCAAGGCCUGCGAGUCUCUUCGACAGUGUCUCCCUAGCUGUUUCCGAGAUGCCAGCUUUAGUCGUUUCCUUGGCGAAGAUCUGGAAACGAGUAAGUGCCUGCAACAGUUGCUGCAUAAUGUUCUAGGGGUUGCAUUUCAGGCUGGAAAUGAGUAG